GCAACAGAGGGCUGUCGAGAACAGAGGGCUGUCGAGGGCAACAGAGGGCUGUUAAAGGCAACAGAGGGCUGUCGAGGGCAACAGAGGGCUGUCGAGAACAGAGGGCUGUCGAGGGCAACAGAGGGCUGUCGAAGGCAACAGAGGGCUGUUAAGAACAUUCGCGAAGGCACAGAGGGCUGUCGAGAACAGAGGGCUGUCGAGGGUAUUCGCGAAGGUACAGAGGGCUGUCAAGAACAGAGGGCUGUCGAGGGCAACAGAGGGCUGUUAAGGGCAACAGAGGGCUGUCAAGAACAGAGGGCUGUCGAGGGCAACAGAGGGCUGUCGAGAGUAUUCGUAAAGGCAUAG